GUCUCAUCUCUCUCUCCUUCUUCUUCUUCCAUCUCUCUCUCUCAAAUCUUUUCAGGCGUAACGAAUCGAAUCAUAAACACUUAAAAGCAGAGAAACAAAAACCAAAACUUUUCCAUCUCUUUAACCGACCAAUAGAUUCGUGGGUUCUUCUUAGUUUCGACAGAUUCUGAUCCGUUUUAGUUGUUGUUACACUUAUCUUUCUUUCUUUUCUUUUUUAUAAAUCAUCCUCUUCCUUUCUUUAUAUUCUGAAAAAAGAUUUAGGGUUCUUGAAAAUCUUGAUAAGCUAAUAAUCUAUAAAAAAAAAAUGGGUGUUGAGAAAAUGGUGUGUUUGGCUUCUCGCACGGGUCGUCAGUUUCAGAGAUACAACAAAGGUCGUCGUCAAGUCGUUGGAUGUGUGCCUUACAGAUUCAAGCUAUCUAACGAUGGUAAAAUUAGUGACGAAGUAGAAGUUCUUGUCAUCUCUUCGCAGAAAGGUCACGCCUUGAUGUUCCCUAAGGGUGGUUGGGAGCUUGAUGAAUCUGUAGAAGAAGCUGCUUCAAGAGAAUGUCGUGAAGAAGCUGGAGUUCUUGGCAACAUUGAGCAUCAACUUGGAAAAUGGGAUUUUUUAAGCAAAAGCAGAGGAACAUACUAUGAAGGACUCAUGUUCCCUAUGCUUGUUACAGAACAACUUGAGCUUUGGCCUGAACAACAUGUUAGACAAAGAAUCUGGAUGAAUGUAACCGAAGCAAGAGAAGCUUGUAGAGAUUGGUGGAUGAAAGAAGCAUUAGAUGUUUUGGUUGAGAGACUCUCAUCACCAAUGAAUCAACAACCAAAGGAAGAGAAGACUAUUUCAAUCUCUAUUGAAACAAUGUGCUGAUGGAAGUAAUGAUUGCUGAAUUUUGUGAUGGGAAUUUAUGAACUAAUGGAUCCUCUAUAGGUAUAAGAUAGAUGGGUUUCAAUUAGUUAUUGAGACAGCCGAAAAAAUCGAUUCGAAAAGAAGAUACAGAGCAGGAUUAAAAGACAGAGAUGUUAGAGUUUUAGGUUAUGGAGUAAGUUUUAACAUCAUGUGGUUUUAAGAAGUCUUGUGUGUUUGUGUUUAUAAUGUUUCUGCAAGAACUUCUUAAGGGUUUGUUUUAAGAGAGGGAAGAAGAUUAAAAAACUUAGAGUGCAAGCAAAAACUGUACAAUUGUGUUUCCCUCUUGUUUAUUGUUUCCUCUCUAUCUCUCUCUUGAAUAAUGCAAUGGAGACAUUUGGUUUCAGCUUUCA